AUGAGAGGCAGCGGCGUCGCCGGCCGCGCCGCUAUUGCCAGCAACAUAACAUCUCACGCGCGUUCCGUGUCCGUGAGUGACGCCGAUGCGUCGGGCGCGGGUCACGACAAGACGCACCAGUGGCUCAUGUCGCGAUACCUCGACUCCGCCCAGCCUUCCGCGGAUCCGUUUCUCCGCCGCUCGACCUUCCGCCUCGAUCUUCCGCUCACCACCGCCGCGGCGCCUAUUUCCCCCGCGUCGCCUUCCCCUCGCGCCGCCGCCUAUUCCGCCUCUGGUUCCCCUCUCCCCUGUUCCGCAGACCGCUUCCAUUAUUCCCCCUCCGCUAGCUAUUACUCCGCCUCCCCCGCCCCCUACGCGCAUCCGGCCGCGCAUCUCCACUGCUACUCCGCCUCCCGUUCCGCCUGGGCGCAGCCCGCCGUCAUUCCCCAGAGCCAGAGCGCGACCGCGAAGGGGGACCCGUACGCGUUUCUGCACGCCAGCCCGUUUCGUUACAGCUCGGAAAUCGUUCUGGACCCAUCCAAAACGGUCCAGUGGUUCGGGGACUGGGAUGACGGGCGCACCUGGAAAGAAACUCGCUCAAGAACCCACAGGUGGAAACCGGAAGAUACCCUCGCCAUCCCAGGGUUACCAGGAAGAAUACCCAUGGGGAAAAUGGUGGAAUACGUGUGGCUGCUUCUCCUCCUAGCCAUGGCGGUUACUGCUGCUGGACUAGUGCUCUUCUCUCUGCUGUUCUGGGCUCCUAUGGUUACUGAGGGACCUACGACUGCUAAGGGAACCAGCGGGACUGUGUGGCUGGCGGUUAUGGGUGUGCUGGGAGGGAGAGGCGUGGUGCUGGGUUCUUACUGCUUCGUGCUCUGGCUGCUCCUGCAGGGGAAAGACAGGGGAAAGAGUGCAAGCAAGCAGCAUGCUACGCUUCUGCAGACCUCUCAACCGCCUCCCUCCUAG